CGCCCCUUUAACAUCGCGGCGCAAUGGACGCCAAGUCGCAGUCGAUCGUCGCCUUCCUGCAGUCGUGCGGCGAGGCGGCGCCCUCGCUCGCGCCCAACUAUGCGCGCAUGGAGGAGCUGUACAAGCGCAAGCUGUGGCACCAGCUCACGGUACUGCUCGAGGAGCACCUCGGAGAGGAGGCGGCGGCGGCGCAGCUGGGCGGGCUGUACGAGACGUUCGUGAGCGACUUCAAGCACAAGCUCAACAAGCUCGCCCUUGCCCGCAUCCAGGUCGCCGUCGCACUCAACAAGUGCGCCGACGCCGACGAGGUGUCAGCGUUCGCCGAGGCGGCGCUGGCCGACCACGCCGGCGAACUGGAGAGCGGCGCCUUCGUGCUGUGCGAGCUGUCGCGCAUGCUGCUGCGCUUCGGCAAGCAGGAGGCCGCGAAGGAGAAGCUGGACGCCGCCGCCGCGAAGAUUGAGGGCGCUGCUGGGGUGACGCCCGAAGUGCAGGCGGCCUUCUACCGCGCACGCGCCGGCUACUACAAGGUGCUGGGUCCUGCGGCAGAGUUUUACCGCGCGGCGCUGCUGCUGCUCGCCUAUGCGCCGCUGUCGUCGAUGCCCUCCUCCGAGGCGCUCGAGAUCUCGUUUGACCUCGGGAUCGCAGCGCUGGUCGGCGAGAAGCUGUACAACUUUGGCGAGCUGCUCGAGCACCCGGUGGUCGCCACGCUCGAGCAGACACAGUACGCGUGGCUCGCCCAGCUACUGCGCGCGUUCAACGCUGGCGACAUUGAGCAGUACGAGGCGCUGGUUGCGCGCGAGCACGUGCACCUCGAGGCCCAGCCCGCGCUGCUCUCAAACACGCUCUUCCUCAAGGAGAAGAUCACGCUCAUGUGCCUCACCCAGACCCUCUUCCAGCGCACCGGUCCGGGGGCCGACCGCAUCGUCCCGUUCGCGCACAUCGCCACCGCCGCCAAGCUGCGGAUGGAGGAGGUGGAGAUCUGCCUCAUGCGAGCCCUCUCCCUCGGCAUCAUCCGCGGCGUCAUCGACCAGGUCAACCAAACUCUCACCGUCACGUGGGUGCAGCCGCGCGUGCUGCAGCAGCCGCAGAUCGCAACGAUGGCCGAGCGGCUGCAGUCGUGGGCCUCCACCGUCUCCUCCACCCUCACAGAGCUCGACGCCCUCACCCCAGAGUUCGCCGCCUGAGCCGAGAGGCGGGGAGGGUUCUGUUCCGAGUCUCCAGAGCCGGCCGCCACCUGCCCCGCGCCACAGUCUGCCCCCCCCUCCCCCCCGAGCUCUUCUCCGCUUGUUGGCCCGCCUGAGUGAGCGCGCACGGGUGUGUCGGCCUUUCGACGACCGCGUGUGACUCGCUGCUUCCGAGCGGUACCCGCCCCUGUCCUUGCCGCAGUGCUGGGCUGGUCGCUGGAGCCUUGCCCGGACACAAUAUAAAGGUAAGAUGGCUCUGUGCAGGAGCCAGCACA